CUCUUUUUCCAUUUUGUUGCAGCUGCCUUUCGUUCACAAAUCGAGAAGACAUACACCACACGCUCACCCACUAUUCUGAAUCUAUCGGUCCUCAAGCUCACUGCUACUCCUUCACGCGUUCACGCGUCGCCACUUCUCAGCCUCGCGGCUCCUUUACAGUUUAUUGUGGAAUCAUGGGUCGGAAAGCUGGAGCCAUGUACAUUAACCCAAAGAAAUAUGGCUCUCUAGCAAAACCUUGCAUGAAGGAAAUGAUAACUUAUCUAAAUUGCUUGUCCCUUAAUCAAGUAAAUGAUGAGAAAUGUGUUCGGCAAAAGGAACUCUUGGGUGCCUGUAUGGAAGCUCAGACUACCAACAAAAGAAAGUCUUGGGGAAGCAUUAAUUACCACCUUCAGAGGCUUAACCGUGGAAGGAAGUAGAUUUAACUUGGAAUCAUUAGUGAGAUUCAUGAAUUCACUAGCAAUGCACCAGAAGAAGCUGAUUGGGUAUCCUAGCACAAAAUGUUGAAAUAUCAUUUUAAUGCAUUUCUCUGUAUUCCUGAUAGAAAGUUUCGAAGAAAUUUAAUAUAUUUUCAUCUUUGUGCUGGCUUC